UUUAGCAGAUUAAACGAACGAAGCUCGCGCGGCACCGGAUAUGACGCCACGGCACGCAAGUGUUUUUAAAAAAGCGGCGGAUACAUUCACACAACUUCACGAAUUCGUGAUCUUCGCAUCGAUUUUAGAAGCUUAUGGACUCAUAUCGAUGAUAUCGGAAGUAGUCUCGUGAGCUGUUCCACGGUACCAAACCAAUGCAGCCACAGCAGUUUUCAAAGGAGCGAGGACUCUUUGGUAAACUCUCUCCGGGGACGAGAAAACUAGAGGGCAAGACUUUCUAUCUGGACAAUGUAAAGAGACACUCAACUGCCCUGCUUUUGGAGGCUGUGUCUCUGCUAGGAGGGAAGAUUGAGAGUUUCUUGCACAAGGACGUCAGCUUUGUUGUAACUGGAAGUCAAGGGCGUCUGAAGGAGAAAAAUGGCAUUGAAACCAGAGAAGAAGCCAGUAAAGGAAGUCAGCUUCUGACGAGAGAUCAGAAGAACGGCCUCAACAAUGAUAAGCUUCCAACAAAACCCUCUAAAUCUAUGGCUUGUGCGAGCCGUGGGAAAGCUCUGCUUGAAAAAGCGAUCCGCAACAAUGAGCGGCUACGUGGGAGCAGCGUCCUGUCGGAUGCUCGAUCCUGGGGCGUAAAGAUCCUUUAUGUGGAUGAUGUCCUUGUAUGUCUGAAACAGUUGACUCGAGAGAGCUUCAGUCCUAAACACAAAAGGAUAGAGAAAACUUCCACCAAACAAAGACAUCCAGCUGUCAAAGCUGCAGCUUUGAGGACUCCUUAUCUUAAAAUCGAAGACUUAAGCAGGAGAUACCGGCCUCUGCAUGUGCAGUCCAUGGCGUUUCCUGCCCUGUUCUACUCGGGCCGAUACAGUCCGUUUGAGCCGCCUCCUCCUCCUCAGUUUGACAAACAGCCAGAACAUGAAAACAGUAAAACAAGAAGUGUAAAGAAAAUCGUAACCAAAGCUCAGGACAAAUCUCCAGUCGGGGUCUUUUGUAACCCUUCACCGUGGCGGCCUCGUAAAAAGGACCAGUCGUACUGCGAGUGCUGCUGCGAAACCUUCACCAAUUUGGAGGAGCAUCUGCAGUCGGAUCAGCAUCGCUCGUUUGUGCUGAAUCCCUUAAACUACAGAACGAUAGAUCAGCUCGUGGCUGAAAUGUCUCCAGGAUUCGACCCCAGUCCGGCAGAAGAAACCCCAAAAAGACCAUCGACUCCUCUUCCUCUGGAUAAUGUCCGUGAACUGGAUCCUCUGACCGAUGCAGAGAUGGAGCGUGCUGUUCGGGCCCUGCAGAGUCGAGGUUCUUCCCCAACUGCUGAUGAUUCCAUCCCCACUGGAAUCCCUCUUUUCUGCGGUUCUCCGUCACUUUUUACUUUUGAAAAUCAAACCACUCCGCCGGUUUUCCAACCCGAGGCGAACCGGCAGCACCCGGACCUUCUGGAGCCUCGCGCGUCGAGCCCGGUCAUGCCUGUUCUGACACCAGAACCGCGAGUCAAAGAACUCACGUAUCAGCGAAUGGAAAACCAGCCCUCGGACCCCUACGCCUUCCCUCCAGUUCUCAGCCCACAAAUCCCAGAUUCCCCGGACGCCAUGGAAGCACGAAGUCCUUACCCAGAACCUCCUGUUCUCAGUCCUCAAAAGUUCCCGUCUUUGGCCGAACUAACUUAUGAAACGAACGUUCCAGAUCAAACCGUUCCUCAGCCCAGCCCUCCAGAGAAACGGGUUCUGUUUGGGUCCGACGGACUCUUUGGUUUCAACAGCAGCUUCAGGCGUCGGUCAAACUCUCUCCCUAAGCAGUCGCCCAGAAAGCGCUGCAGAGCGGUCAGUUCUGGUCACAGCCACCGGAAGAGGCGGAGGACGGCGUCGCUUGGAGACGACGGUCGGUGGUCUGAGCUGAAACCUCAACAAGGCUGUUUUUUAUUUGACGACGUCUCCUAUCAAACUCCGACCAACCCCUUCUCCACAUUCACUGAGUUUGGUGGCUCAUCCUCUAAAGUUCCUUCUUUAAAUCAAAUCGACUCUGGAAACGAUCAGCUUUCAUGGCUUCUGUCCUCCAAAGCCGCCAUCUUUGGCAGACCUCACGCCGCCGCGGCCUCCCUGUCCACCUCCAUCUGCAUCGAGCCGGCCCUCAUCCCCGACCCGACCGAGCUCUCGCCUUCGUCCUCGGACUCGGACUGGGACUGCAACCUGCUGACGCGCCUCGACCAAACCCCGGUCCCGACGCCCUCCGAGCACGGCUGCGCGCUGGACGCAGAGCUGCUCCACCGGCCGUGUCCGUGGAUGCACGACACCAGCUACGAGUCGCAUCUGCACACCGUGCUUCAGCCCUCAAACCCGGCGGCGUGCGGCGAGGACGUGGAGCCCUCAGCUUUCAGCAGGACUGUAGUCCAGGUUGUUGAAGUGCAACACUAGGAGAACUUCUUCUUCUUUAACACAAUAAAGGCCAGCACUUCAUUUAAAUCAGCAUUUCUUACAUUCAUUUAUGAUUGUUUUUGGUUCUUAUCCUCCUCCAAACAACACUCAGUGUUUGUGCUGACUGCAGCCGUUCACCAGCUCUGUCUGGUGGGGGGGGGUGCUGAGAAUUUAAUGAGGUUUUUCUGAAAGGAGGCAUUAUUCAAUUACCGUAAGUGCUGCGCCUGGAUCCCAUCCCGUGCGUUGAUGGCCGCCGGCCGUAGAGAUAAACCGUCAAAGUCAACCGGCUCUUC